UCCAGACCUCAGGAGGACCCAUCACCCACCCAGAAAACUCAGACACAACUGGCCCGUGGAGAUGAUGUGUAACCUGCUCCUAUCAUGGACCUUCCUGCUGGUAGCCUCUGGCUCGCUAUUGGCCCAUCCCAUCACAGACUCUGCAGAGAUGCCCUACCUGGGUCCUGUAUCUCUGGAGGAUGGUGGUGCAGGUAGUCCAGACGAGCUGUCUUUCUCUGAGCAGACAUACCUGCCCCAGUCUGGCCCUGGACUCAGAUACUCAUCCUUACUGUCUGGAGAGCUGAGCAGAGAUGGUCUCAGUGCAGCUGGACUACUACCAAGACAGAUGAAGACAGAUGUGUUGCUGGAGAAACAGAGUCACCUAAGUCCCGUCAGUCGCUUCUUUGGCAUCAGGAAGCCAUUCAGAAAGAGAGGAGGCAACUCAGAGUGUUUCUGGAAGUACUGUGUCUAACACAGUCAACCGUCCUUAGAGAAAUGCAUUCCCACCGUACACUAUGACAAAGCGAUGGGGCUUGUACUGAGACACAACCCCUCUAUUGCACA